AUUAAUCCUUAGAAUCAACAAAAAAUAUCUCAAUUUCUAGUUUGAACUUCCCUUCUAAUAAGGCGCUAAAGUAAAAAUUCUAGAUUUUCUUUUUCUUUAAUUUUAAAAAUGGAAAAAUAUGUUCAAUCUUUUGUUGUGGAUCUACCUAAAAUUGAACUUCAUGCCCAUUUAAAUGGAUCCCUCAGCCAUAGAACUCUUGAAAAAUUAAUAUCAAUAAAAAAGCAAAAAGAGGACGGAAAUAAACUUGAUCUGAAAUUGCCUAAAUUAUCAUCAAAUAAUCUUUCACAGUGCUUUGAAACAUUUAAUCUUAUACACAAAAUUACAGAUAGUCCUGAGGCAAUUUAUGUGGCUACUUGUGAUGUAAUCGAAGAGUUUUAUAAUGAUGGUGUCUUAUAUUUAGAACUGAGAACAACACCAAAGGAUGUUUUGCCUUCUAUGACUCAAGACAUUUAUGUUGAGACAGUUCUGAAAGCCAUUCAAGAUGCUUGCUCCACCACAAAUGAAGAGAUUAAAGUAAAACUGCUGUUGUCAGUGGAUCGUAAAAGACCGUUUGUAAAUGCAGAAAAAACGCUGCAAAUUGCUGAAAAAUUUAAUAUUUCUUCAGGAACUGUUGUAGGAAUAGAUUUCAGUGGUGAUCCCACAACUGAGGAUAUACAUUCUUUUCUACCUAUCUUGGAGUCUGCAAAGAAAAAAGGCUUGAAGUUAGCUAUUCACAUUUCUGAAGUUCCGAACAAAUUUGAGGAGGUAGAAAAACUUUUAAAUUUACAACCCGACAGACUUGGUCAUGGAACGUACCUAUUACCUGAACAAGGUGGAUCAGUAAAAAACUUUGAGCUAUUCCAAAAGUUACAAAUUCCGCUUGAAAUAUGCUUAACUUCAAAUGUUGUAUCGAAGACAGUUCCUUCAUAUGCAGAUCAUCAUUUCAAGUAUUUGAAAGAAAUGGGUUAUCCUUGUAUUCUAUGUACUGAUGAUAAAGGUGUUUUUAAUACUACUUUAUCUCAUGAAUAUUAUUUGGCCUUUGAACAUUAUUCCCUUACUCAAAAAGAAUUGUUCGACUUGUCAUUUAGUAGUAUUGAUCACAUAUUUUCUCCUAAUACUGUGAAAGAGGAUUUAAAAGACAGGUGGUCUGAAAAAAGAAAAGCUUUAGUAAUGUAAAUAUAUUAUGAUAUGUAUUGAUAUAUUAACUUAUUAUGAUAAAUGUAUAUAUAAUUUAUCCAUUGACUUUCGAUACUUUUAUAAAUAUACUGUGUACAAGUUUCAUACAAACCGUGUUUAAUUUUAAUAAAUAAAUAUAGGUAC